AUGGCGGAACAGCCACAGGACUUCGAUGAGCAAUACUCACGGAGGUCGCACGUGGGGCCUCACUCUGGCGGCCACCCCAUCCCUACCAUCCAGGGCUACAAACAGCACAGGAGGGAUCUGAACGACCGCCAGCAGCAGACAGAGGCGGCCCAGGAGGGUCCCGAGGACGAGUCAAAGCCAAAGAGGGCAUAUGAAUCAGUCAAAACCAUCUUCAAAGGCGAGGAUGAGCAGAAGGGCAGCCAUGAGCCUUACUCUUCGACAAACCGCCACUAUGUCGUGCCCCCAGGCCAGGAGCCCCAGGGCCAGCAGUCUCAGGGUGGACAGUUCCGGGAUCAGGAGCAGGUGCCGGAGCAGGAGCAGGUGCCGGAGCAGGAGCAGGAGCAGGGGCAGGAGCAGGGGCAGGAGCAGGGGCAGGAGCAGGAAAAACCAACACGGGACGAGGAAGAUGUAGAUACCCGCCAAUUUGACGAGGCGAGCCAGGAAGACGACCAGCAGCCCCAAGAAUCACGGCAACAGCAGAAGGAAUCCAAAGAUGGGGGUAAGGAUGGGGAGUCGCAAGAGAAGACCGCCACGGAGAAGGUAGCCAGCUCCGUCGACCCCAAGGAGAAGCGGAAGGCCAUGAAGAAGAGCAAACGCCAGACUGGAGGCCGCGAGGUCACCGAUCCAGUCACCCACCUACCCAUCAUAAUCCAGGACCAGACCGACAAGGACCUAAAGUCCGCACCGGAGAACGAGCCCGAGCCCGGGGAGCACCACACCACGGCGACGGGCCCACAGGGCGCCUCCAAGACGGACGAGGAGCUCCAGAAGGAGUGGGAGAUGGGCCAGAGGGGCCACAACGGCGUCCAGAAGCUCUUCCCCCCGCCCAAGUUCGCCGACCUAAAGGACGAGCUGGCCUCGGCCUACCAGUCCACCGUCCGGGCGGGCUUGUCGGUCAUCGGCGUCGUCGCGGCCAGCCCGUUCCUGAUCUCGUCCCUCCAGGGCCGGCUGAUCCCGCAUUGGUCGACGCUGCUCACCGUACUGGGAUUUCUAUCCGUCACACUCGGCACCGCCUGGGGCAUGGGGAGGUGGAUCUCCAAGAAGGUCGACGAGAUCGUCGAGGACGAGACGUGGGACGCCUCCAGGAGGGAGGAGGAGGCCACGGUCGCCUCUGACUCUGAGCUUCCCGAGUCGGUGCAGUGGCUAAAUAGCUUGGUGGCUUCGAUUUGGCCGCUCGUCAACCCGGAUUUGUUCUCAUCCCUGAUAGAUAUGAUCGAGGACAUCAUGCAAGCAUCCCUUCCAAGAGUCGUCAAGAUGGUCUCAGUCGAUGAUAUGGGCCAAGGAAACCAGUCACUACGGGUACUAGGAAUUCGCUGGCUACCCACUGGCGCUGCUAGCCGCACUGUCGGUCCCAAUGGCAAGCUGGAAAAGGCGGACAACGAUAAGACAAGCGAUCGCACAGAUCCUGAAGCUGCACAGGAGGAAGGCGCCCACGACGAAACGUCUGACGAGAAACAGGAAGGCCAGGACGAUGGUAAAAACAAGACCAAGGAAGAGGAGCAGUCCGAGGCUGCGAUGCGCGAGGGUAUGGAGGCCGAAGAGGGCGACUUCAUCAACCUGGAGCUCGCAGUGGCUUACCGCAGUCGGGCCACGGGCAAGUCUAUCAGGGCUAAGGCCAAGAACGCACAUCUGUUCUUGAAAUUCUACUCGGUUGGUGGUGUGGCAUUCCCAGUCUGGGUCGAGAUGAGAGGCUUCAUCGCAACUCUGCGCCUGCGACUGCAACUCACUCCCGACCCACCGUUUGUCAGCCUUUGUACCCUGACCUUCCUCGGACAACCCAAGGCCUCGUUAUCAUGCGUUCCGCUAUCGAAGCAUGGGCUAAAUUUAAUGGACGUACCGAUGUUGUCAUCUUUCGUUCAGUCAGCCAUCGACGCCGCUCUAGCCGAGUAUGUCGCGCCCAAGAGUCUAACCCUGAACCUCAAGGAUAUGCUCAUGGGCGAGGAUUUCAAGAAGAACACCACCCAUCAUGGUGUGAUAUUCAUCUUGAUCAAGCGAGCUCGUGGCUUCAAACAGGGCGACGGCGGUAUUGGGUCCUCAGGAGGCUCGAGUGACGCGUACGUCACCGUCGGCUGGGGUAAAUUCGGCAAAACAGUGGCCUCGACCCGGAUCAUUGAGUCCACGCAAGAGCCCGACUGGCACGAGUACGCGAAUAUCUUGGUGUCGGCAGAGGAGCUGAAUGCCGAGGAGAAGUUGCGGUUGCAGCUCUGGGAUUCGGACAAGCACACCGCAGACGAUGACCUCGGCCGGGUCGAGGUCGACCUCAAGGAGCUGAUUAACAAGCCCGAGAGCCAUAAUCAGAUGCAGGACCGAGAAGACCGUUUCACAGGCCAAGAUCCUGAGGAGCAAAUGCCCGGCACGCUACAGUGGUCUGUCGGGUAUUUCUCCAAGGUCAGGAUCCUGCAGCAGCAGCUGGAGCAGCAGACUGUCAUCGAGAAGAUCCGGACCCAGGAGCAGCUGAAGGAGCAUGUCGCUGAACAGUCCGCAAACAAGCUCAGGGAGGCCGGGAAGGCACCGGACGACGAGGAGCUUCAUCAGCAGCGUGUCCAAGACUAUGCCGAACUCGAGGACAAUAUGAUCAUUUCUGCGCCUCCACCACGGGAAUAUCCCUCUGGUAUCCUCAGUGUGCAGAUCCACAACAUCACUGGCUUGGAGGUCCAGAAGCUGCGUAAGCGAGACAACAAGAACGGCGAUUCCGAUAUUGAAGAAGAAACGGAGACGGAUGACGACAUGCCUGACAGCUACUGCAACAUUAUUUUGAACCACAAGAAGAUCUACCGGACCCGCACGAAGCCGAAGAACUCUAAGCCAUUCUUCAAUGCCGGUACAGAAAGGUUCGUCAGGGACUGGAGAAACUCUGAGGUCAUCGUCGCUGUUCGCGAUGCCCGUGAACGCGAAGACGACCCCCUGAUCGGCAUCGUAUAUCUGCAGAUCGGCAAGCUGCUCAAGGACAGGAGCCAGGUGAUGCAAAUGUUCCCCCUUGUCGGCGGGAUCGGCCUCGGCCGAGCACGCAUCUCGAUCGUCUGGCGAAGUGUUGAGCUGAAGCUUCCUCCGCCUCUGCAGGGGUGGGACUAUGGCACGAUCGAGAUCCGAGGUGCGAUCCGUGUCAAGGGACAGCUCCCAGGAAAGCCCACCAAGAGUCGGCUCAAGAUCCGCAGCGACCUUGGCAGAGUGAAGAUGUACCCCAACAACGACCAGGGAGAAUGGCUGCUCAAAGGCAAGGACAGCAGGAACCAAAGCGCAUUUCUGCCUGUGCGGAAGCGAUACAGCUCGGCGCUGGUUCUCGAAUUCCGCGAGUCCACGCUCGGGCCUGACAAGUCGCCUGCUUUUGCGGUACUGUGGCUGCGUGACCUCGUUGACGAGGAGAGCGAGACGAAGGCCCUCAAGGUGUGGAGAGGCGGCAAGCAGCAGAUUGCCAGGGCUGAGUCAAACUGUGAUUACAAUGGUAUAGAGGAGGGCGAGCAGCCGCUCGGUGAGAUCGAGACGGAGCUCAAGUUUUGGCGAGGGCUCUCCGGAUAUCACAAGCGCUUUGCUGCGUCGUCCAAGAGGGGCAACAUGAAGCAGGUAAUGGAGUGUCUGGACACGAUCACGGAUGAGAGCCUGGCCAAAGACGACGAUGAGGUCGAUGAUGAAGAAUACGAAGACUCAAGCUCGGAGAACUCCCGCAGCAGCGACGACAAGGCGGCCAAGAAGAGACUGAAGGUGCACACGAAUGACGACUCGUCGGCAGCCGAGGACUCGGACUCGGACGGCUCGAACUCGGAGGAGAAGAAGCAGAGGUCCAACUCGAACUUCUCGAUUUCGAACCUACGCAAGGCGCCCAAGAAGAUCCUGCGCAACCCAGUCGAGGGCACGACGUCGACGGCGGCGUCGGUCAUCGCCCCGGGCCACAACGACCCAGAUGACGGGUCGCGCGGCGUGCGCAACCAGCUGCGCGACUACAAGGAUCACCACAAGCAGCUGCACCGCAAACACCGCGGCAUCAUGCAGUGGCGGGCCGCGCGCGAGGUCGACCACCUAGGGAGCAAGCUCAGUGACCUCAAGGGGAACGUCAGCGGGCUUUUUAAGCACAGCGAGAAGGGCGACGGGGUCGAGACUGAGGUGUAG